AUGCCCUGCCCUGGACGUAUUGUUACUGAGCGUGCCGACCCUAUUGUCUCUCCGGGCCAGGUUGCCGGCCACGUUCACACCAUCUCCGGAGGCAAUGGCUUCAAAUUCGAGAUGGACUACGCCGAUGCUCGUGCCUCGGACUGCUCGUCUUGCCCCAUCAAGCAGGAUCUUUCCAACUACUGGACCCCUGCUCUGUACUUCCAGCACCAAAAUGGAUCUUUCGAGAACGUACACCAGUCCGGUGACGGUACCGGUGUCUAUGGUGGCAUGACUGUCUACUACCUUCAGCGUGGCGGUCCCAACAACGAUGAGCUCAAGGCCUUCCCCGAAGGUUUCCGCAUGCUCGCUGGUAACCCCUUCAAGCGUAACCACACCGACGAUUUUGCUUCCGAGGCUGUCAGCUUUGUCUGCCUCGACUACAGCGGCGGCUCCAGCACUACUGACGGUCUUCCCGACAAGAAGUGUCCCGAUGGUCUCCGCGCCCAGGUCUUCUUCCCUUCGUGCUGGGAUGGUGUCAACCUUGAUUCUGCUGAUCACAUGUCCCACAUGUCCUACCCCGUUGGUGGUAGCUACGACAGCGGCAAGUGCCCUGACACUCACCCCGUCCAUCUGAUCUCCAUCUUCUACGAGGUUAACUACAACACUGGCGACUUCGACGACGAGUGGUACGGUAGCGGUCAGCCUUUCGUCUUUGCUCAAGGUGACCCCACUGGUUACGGAUUCCACGGCGACUUUGUCAACGGUUGGGACGUUCCUACUCUCCAAAAGGCCAUCGAUGAGUGCACCAACGACAGCGGCCUUCUCUCCGACUGCCCUGUCUUCGACUUGUUCACCACCAAGGAAAGUCAAGCUUGCAUAAUUCCUCCUCAGGUUGACGAGCAGGUCACCGGUAUGCUCAGCGCUCUUCCCGGAUGCAACCCUGUGCAGCAGGGCCCCGGCCUUGCCUCUGUCCAGAGCUGUCUUAACACCAACAGCAAGGUCGCAACUGUCGGUGCCUACCAACAGUACUACAAGGACGUCACUUCUUCUCUCAACUGGCAGUAUGUUGGUUGCGGUACUGACAGCCUCAGCGGCCGUACCUUGAACUCUGCAUCGACCAGCAGUGGCUCCAUGACUGUCGAGACCUGCAUUGCCUUCUGUGAGGGCAAGGGCUACAGCUAUGCAGGCCUCGAAUACGCUUCUCAGUGCUACUGUGGUAACUCUGUCGCUUCUGAUCGCGCCCCUGUGACCGGUGUUCUUGGUAACUGCUUCUCGCCUUGCGCUGGUGACAGCACCGAGUACUGUGGCGGUGGUAGCGCUCUCUCCCUCUACCAGAGCUGUAAGGGCACUUCCAGCUGCAAGAACAACGACUACACCGGUCCUGCCGGCGCUGCC